CCAGGCAGAGCGGGGCGGGCGCGGGGGCAGCGGAGCCGGGGCCGAGCCCGGCCGAACCAGGCCGAGCCGGCCGAGUCGCCGCCGCCGUCCAUGGGCGCCCCCGGCGCGGCCGCCCUGCUGCUGCUGGGCUGCCUGCUGCACGGGGCCAGCGGGCAGCGGGUGACGGUGCAGGAGGAGGUGGUGGCGCUGGUGGGCGAGGACGCGGUGCUGCCCUGCGUGCUGGCCACCGCCGGCCCCGACCUCAAGGUGAGCCAGGUGACGUGGGAGCGGGCCGGCCGCGGCGGGCGGCAGAACGUGGCGGUGCUGCACCCGCGCCUGGCGCCCAGCUUCCCCGGCGGCGGCGGUGGGCGCCUGCGCUUCCAGGGCCGCUCGCUGCAGGACGCGACGCUGCUGCUGGGGCCGCUGCGCCUCGCCGACCAGGGUGUCUACACCUGCGAGUUCGCCACCUACCCUGACGGCAACCAGGGUGCCAGUACCCGCCUGCUUGUGCUGGCCAAGCCGGAGAAUCACGUGGCCGCGCAGGAGGUGGCAACCGGCAGCGUCCCCACGCCGGUGGCCACCUGCACGGCGGCUGGCGGCCACCCAGCCGCUAACAUCUCCUGGGAGUCGCCGGUGCCGGGGACCGCAGAGGCCUCGGCCGAGGUGGCCGCCGAUGGUGCCGUCACCGUCACCAGCCGCUUCAGCAUUGUGCCGACACCGGCAGCCGAUGGGCAGCGCCUGACCUGCGUUGUCAGCCACCCCAGCCUGCCGCGGCCCCAGAGCCUCCCCGUCACCCUCUCCGUGCUGUACCCCCCUGUGGCCUCCAUCAGCGGCUACGACCACAACUGGUACCUGCGGCGGCGUGGGGCUGUGCUGCACUGCGACGCCCUGGGCAACCCCGCACCCACCACCUUCGCCUGGAGCACGUCGUCGGGGCCACUGCCGCCCUCAGCGGAGGCACAGGGCAGCCGACUGCUGGUGCACACGGUGGAUCUGCUGGUCAACACCACCUUCAUCUGCCGCGCAUCCAACGCCCUGGGCAGCACCGCCGCCCGACAGCCUGUCCUGGUGCUCGCGCAGCCGCGGACAGACGGGGCCGGUGCCACCGGCGGCAUCAUCGGUGCCAUUGUGGCUGGAGUCGUGGCUGCAGCCGUGGUGGCUACUGGAGCUGCCAUCUGCCGCCGGCAGCGCAAGAACCGCCGGGCGCACGGGGACGACCUCGACGAGCCCCCUCCAUACAAGCCACCCCCCCCCCACGAGAAGGUGCAGGAGCCACCAUGGGCCACCGAGCGCCAGCUCCUGCCACUGCAGCCGCUCAACGUGGAGCCGCCAGCCGAGGCCAGAGGGAUUCUGGCGUCUGGGCGGGUGCCCCCACGGUACCACGAGCUGCCAACGGCCGAGGAGCCGGACAGGGACGAGGACGGGGACGGGGAUGGGGACGGCAGCUACGUGGAGCAGCUGAACCCGCUGUACGACACGCCGGGCUUCGUCAUGUCGCCUGCGGUGUAUGUCUGAGCCGCCCCGAACCUGGGGGGCUGGGAGCACCCCGAACCCAUGGCCGGUCCUGGUCCCAUGGCUGCUCCAGGCUCUGCGGCCGGUCCUGGCCCCA